AUGUCUCCAAAACUAGAUUGGGCAGCUAGACAAAAAAUCUGUGUGGGGAUCGCAAGAGGACUUGAAUUCCUCCAUGAAGGAUCGACGAUCAGAAUGGUUCAUCGUGACAUAAAAACAACAAAUGUGCUUCUAGACGCUGACCUUAAUGCAAAGAUAUCUGAUUUUGGGUUGGCUAGGCUCCAUGAAUCAGAAGACAGUCACAUUAGCACCAAAAUUGCAGGAACCAUCGGAUAUAUGGCUCCUGAAUAUGCAUUAUGGGGUCAACUGACAGAGAAAGCAGACGUGUACAGCUUCGGUGUUGUGGCAAUGGAAAUUGUUAGUGGAAAGCAUAAUGCGAACCAGAAGGGAAGUGUUGAUCACGUCUCGCUUAUCAAUUGGGCACUGACGCUGCAACAGACAGGAGAUAUAAUGGAGAUCAUAGAUUCAAAGCUCGAAGGUGAGUUCAACAGCGAUGAAGCCGUAAGAAUGAUCAAAGUUGCUCUCAUUUGCACAAACUCAUCUCCUUCCUUGAGGCCAGCAAUGUCAGAGGCUGUUAAAAUGCUUGAGGGAGAGAUCGAAAUAAAACAGGUUAUGUCAGAUCCUGGUUUAUAUGGACACAACUGGAGCUUCUCCAAGCUGAGCGACCUUGAUAAACAUGGUAGCUCGAGCACGUCUGGUGUAACGACCGACCAAACAACAACAACAAUAAAAUCCUCUGUUUCUGAUCUCUACCCAUUAUACCCACAAUCCGUGAUCCAGACUCCAACCGUAUAAUUACCAUCCUCGUCACAGUAAAAUUAAAAGCUGUACAUGUCUUGUCUCUUAUCACUUCAGAGGCUUGUGAGGU